AUGAUUAAUCGAGAUGCUGGAUUCUAAGAUUUAGAAAGUGGAAUUCAGAGUAAUAACAUUUCAUCAGGGCAAUUAUUUGAUAUUGAUUAGCCAAGUCCUAUAGGUGGUUAUAAAUUAGAUCCAACUCUUGAAUUUUCUUAAUUAUAAUAGUUGGAAGCUUUAAAAUUAAAGAGAGAUAUUUUUGAUAAUAAUCAUAAAUAAGCUAUAAAUUUAGGUCAUAAGGCAGAUGUAAAUGAAGAGGAUUGUCUAAUUAGUAAUUUAAGGUAUUUUGUAUUGAUAUGAAAGUGGUAAAAGAAGUGAACCUUAAGGUUCUAUAAGUUCAAUUAGUUGUAAUUUAAAAAUAUAAAAGCCUUUAACAGUAAAGACUACAUAAAAUAAAUCUAACAAAUCAAUUUAAAUUUAAUAAAAAUUUGAUUAAGACGACUUUAUAAUACCAUCUCCAAUUGAGAAUAAUGGAACAAUCAAUUUAGGAUUGAAAUCAGAUGCUAAAAUAGCAAAAUAUUAGACAUUUGUAUAAUAAUUAGAAGAAGAAUAAGAAUAAAAUGAAAGAACAAAAAGAGCUUAAGUUAAUAGAGAUACAGUAAAAUAGUAAUCUUUGAUUUAGAGAGGUAGAAGCAAAGAAAUGAAGACUGGGUAUAGAUUUGAUUAAUUAUUUUAGUUUAAAUGAAGUAUGGACUUAAAAAGCAUUCAUAAUUAUUAGAUUAGUUUCUCGUUUUAUUUAAUAAUUAAAAACUAAGACUGAAAGAAUCAAAUUCAGAUUAAUUACUAAAAGAAUAUUUGAAGUAAUUUGUGAUAAUAGUGCAAAUUUUGAAUAUAUGUUGAUAAAUAGAUUAAUUAAAUAGAAACCUAGUAUUAGUUUAAUUAUCUUUGAUUAAAUUUAAAAUAAAGCUCUAAAAUUGUUGAAUUCUUUAGAAGCAAUAAAUGCUUUCUUUGGUAAAUAUGUUAAAGUAAUAAAACCUGAUAGUUUAUUCAAAAUAGUUUGGGAUAUUAUUUUAUUGUUAUUUAUUGUGGUGAAUAUAUUUUAUAUACCUAUUUAUAUAAGUUUUGAUGUGAGAUCAUCAGGUGUAUUUGAAUGGUUCUUUGAUCUGUUGCCUUCAUGGAUAUUUAUAGCAGAAAUAUUAUUAAAUUUCAACACUGCUUAUUAUGAUAAAGGUUUAAUGCAUGAAGAUCGAAAAUAGAUAAUAAAGCAUUAUGUGAAAGGCAAUUUCUUUUGGGAUCUAAUAGUAAUAAUACCUUUUUUAAUAUCAUACAUGGAUAUUCCAUUUGUUAGAUAUACAUUAUUGUUGAGAUUAACUAGAUUAUCUCCAUUGAUGACAAGUAUAGAAGAGGUUUUAAAUUUGGAAGUAAUAUUAUCAAAGUUAUGAAAAAGGAUAAUAUGCAAGUAUUUUUGGAUUUGUUAAAAUUAAUCUUCUUUCUCUUGUUAACAGGACAUUUUUGUGGUUGUGCAUGGCAUUGGGUAGCAGUGAUAGAAUAUUAAAAUUAUGGUGAAGAAUUAACUUGGUUAACUAAAUAUGCACCUGAUGCAAUGGAUUAUUAUUGGUUUGAUAGAUACAUAAUUUCUUUAUAUUGGAGUGUUAUUACUACAGUUACAGUAGGAUAUGGUGAUAUAGUUCCAGUAACAACAGUUGAAAGAAUAUUUGUAAUAGUUGUUACUUUAUUAAUUUGUGGUGUUUUUGGUUAUUGUCUUUCCAAUAUAGGAAAUAUUUUUAAAUAAAUAUCUGAUAAAAAGGCUAUUUAUAAAUAAAGGAUAAGAGAAAUCAAUUAACAUAUAAGAAAAAGAGGAAUGAGUUAUAAUUUAUAAUUAAAGGUAUUCAGGUUAAUAUAAUAUAGGUUAAAAAAUAUUUUGAGUAUUUCUUUAAAAUUAAGUAGGAAGAAGAUUAACAUGCUGAAUAAUUUAUUGAAUAAUUAACAAAACAUCUAAGAGAAGAAGUUCUUAUAGAUAUUUACAGUAAAACAUUAACUUAAUCACGCUUCUUAAGAGAGAAUUUUAGUGAUGAAACUAUUCAUAGAUUAUGUCAAAUAGUUAAAGAAACAAAGCUAUAUCCAGAAUAAUUAUUAUUCUAAAGGAAUGAUUCUCCUAAAUCACUUUGGUUUGUCCUAUCUGGAGCAGUUGAAUAUGUUGCUGACCAUUAAAGUAAAUUGUCCACUAAUGCUUAUAGAUGAGGAUGAACAUUUUUAUACUGAAACCUUCUUGAAGAAAAUAACACAAGGGUAAAUCCUAGUAAUAACAUUAUUUAUAGAGCUGUAAUAGGUGAACGAGAAUUCAUUUCAUAAACACCUUAUGAAUACAAUGCUAGAGCAACUAAAUUUACUUAAUUAUUAGUAGUAGAGUAAUAUACAUUUAAAUUAUUUUUUAUUUAGUUUUUAAUAAUUCUAUUUAAUUAUUUAAGAAAAUAUAGAAGAAUUUGAGAGAUAUAGUAUGGUUAAAGAUAAUCUCAUUUUUAAUAGCAAUUACAAAGCUUUUGGUUAAAUUUGUGAAAUAUGUGGAUGGACUCAUAGAUUCAUUCAGUAAUUCUAUAUUAUAGAUUAUUAGAUGUCCAUUUGUAUUUUUAUAACCAAACAAAAAUAAAAUAGCUAGUUCCUUUGCAUCAAUCAAAACUAAUAGAAGACUUACAUUUCCAUAUAGAACAUUACCAAAAUAAAAUUGGAAAAAUAAUCUACCUGAUGUCUAAGAAGCAGCUUUGGGAUAUAUAGUUUUAAACAAUAUCAUACCUGAAAAGUAAUUUAUAUUAAUAUUCAAGAGAAAUAAACGAUGCUUACCUAAUUAAUUUAGGUUUUGAAUUAAAUGAUAAAGAUGAAGAUCAAUAAAUAUAAGUUCAAAAUAAAAAGAAUUCUAUGUUCAAAGAUUAAAAAGUAUUAUCUUAAUUCGAUAACAAUCUAUAAUAAUAACCUGUUCCAUAACCUUCAAUCUAGACUGUUUUACCAGCUGAUCAAAAAUCUUAAAAUCAAACUGCUAUUUUUCUUAAGGAUGGUUAAAGAGCUAGUAUGACAAAUGUAAAACUAUAUAUACUUAACAUAAUUUAUUAGGAAAGUGUAAUAGAUUGGGAUUAAGGAAGUCAAUUUAGAAGAAGUCUUAAUAGAAUUAAAUUGUAAGGCAUAGAUAAAGGCAAGACUCUCUAAUAAAUAAAAGGAAAAUUUCAUUAAAAUGGAGCAACUGAUUUAUUAGAUGAAUCAAUGAUAUAAGAGGAAGUUAAAAUACAUAAUGCUAAUGUGGGAUCAUAGAAUUUUAUACAUAGUAAAUUAAAAAUAGUCAAAAACAAAAUAAAUAAAAAUCAAAAUUAAAUUGGAAUUAGAAAAGUAUCUUGGUUAGAAUUUGAUAGUGCUAUAAAUUAAAAUCUAGGUUUCAUUUGAUAUUUAAAUAAAUUAGAUAAUAAACCAAUUCAUUUAUUAAAAUAAGUUAGUAAAGGAAGUGAAACUAAUUUCGAUCAAUCACUUCCUUCUUGUUCAUAAGAAAUGGAAAUCAAAUAAAGAAUAGAAGCAAGAGAAAAUAGUAUUAUUUCUAAAAAAACUAGCAAGUAUAUUAUUAAUAUUUAAAUUUAUAGUGUUGAAGUUACUAGAAGAAAAAAAAGAAGAAGAACUACACAAUUAUUAUAAUUAUUUUAAGGAUCAGAAAUUGAUAAUAAAUCAAAUAAAAAAGUUGAUAAAAGUCUUCUAAAUAAUGAAGCAUAUAGUUCAAGUGUAUAUACAGCUGGAGUCCCUAGUAAUUCAGCUGUUGUUGAAUCUAAUAAUAAAUUUGAUAAUUAAGGAGAUAGUAAUAGUGUUCAUGCUGGACAAUCUAUAGAUGGAAUUUAAAAGAGAAUCCAAGACAUAGUUAGAGUUCAUUAUGAAAUGGAAAUGGAUGUUGCAAGAUCAUCAAAAAUCUAUUUUCCUGAUUUCAAUCUUGAUGUUGUUAUUCAAAGAAUUACUGUAUAUUAUGAAAAAUUAAAUGAAAAAAAACAGGAAUUUGAUAUGAGAGAAAUGAAAAGAACUAAAACUAAUUUUACUCUUUUUGAUCGUAUUAGAUAAGCAAAGAACACUACUAUUAAGGGAAACUUCGUUGAUAAAGAAAACGAUUGA